AUGGAGAACGAAGAAGAAAUUGAGUUCUUUGGAUUUGUGCCUGUGACUCUGGUUGCUGAACUACAGAGUGAGAUAGAGGGGAUUCUUCGAGACGGGGUUGAACAGCUGUCUUUUCUUGACAAAAGAAAGGCUCAUAGAAUAUCAGGGAUAGUAUUUGAGUCUUUUCGAAGAAACUACUUUAUAUUUUCGAACUUUGUUUUGAGAAACAUUCUUAGAUUCCCACCUUCAUUCCGGUUGGAAAGGAAGGCCAAUGAUGCUGUUGUGACCAUAGACCUUCAGUCGAUCACAGAUGAAUUGGUGAAUGUACUUGGGGAGGAGGAUUACUAUGAAGCCGAGGUCUUGAGAUUGAAAGAAAGCAUUGAUAUUGAGAGAUAUAGAUUAGAGUCUUAUAGAUCGCUGUUGGAAUGCUCAAAGCCUGUAAAUAGCCUAAUUGAAAGCAUUAUGGAAGCCUAUUCAGAACUUGAAAAUGUUACGAAGCUCUAUGACAAGAUGAGCAUGAUAAGUGGAAUGGAUGACGAAGAUCACAAUGCCUUGCUUGAGUAUAGGGAGAUUAGAAGCAGUCUUGCAAAGAAGGAAAGAGACGAUCUUCUAAGGAUAGCAAGCGAGGAGGUGCUUAUGAUGAUGAACAAAUGUACCGAAAAAUAA